AUAAACGUGUUGGAAAUGUUCAAUGUUAAAAACCGAUAAGCGCCUGCGCUACACAGAACAAAAAUCGAAUGCAUCAGCGACAUAUAACCAACCGUCCAAGCAAACUAAUUACAUAUUCGUGCCUUUUUAAUCUGUUUUGUUGUUACGUCUUACUGUCCACGUGUGGUCAUAUUUUCGUGUUUUCUUUCGCUAUGUUGUUCUCUUGUUUGUGCUGACAACGGGUACAAAAUCGGUUGGCUCUUUUGUGGCCAUUCCAGUAACAGCCACCACCGUGAGAUAACUGAAUGCUACUACGUUGCAAAUUAUUACAAGGCGAACAAAGAACAUGAAGGUGUUAAUACCAUUGCUGGCUAUAUUUGUUUUGGGAGUGCAGCAGUCCUGCGCUUCAGGCGAUGACUUGAUUUAUGGUUAUGAAUGCCAAAGAAAUAUAUGUGUCAAAGCUGAGUUGGACGCGCAGAACUUUGAGAAGGCAAUUAGCUUGCCAGUAUGCCGCCUGUUCUGUGGCAACGACGUCCCCGGCACAGUGUGGCCACGUCCAAGUGGGCUUGUUAAAUUUGAAAGCUAUAUGUUGGCGGUCGACACAGAAAAUAUUGAAUUUCGAUUCCCCACCUUGAGCAAGCAGGCACAUCUUUGGGAAGCGAUCAAAGAUCGUUUUAUGCAACUCCUCUACUCAGGCGUACCGAAUAAAAACGUUCUCAAGAAAGGCGGUCGUCAACUAAUUGUGUUAGUGAAAUUGAAAUCGGCUUUAGAUGAUGUGGUGCCUAGGCUAACUUUAGACACUGAUGAGAGCUAUACUCUGCAUAUUACUUCAGCGGAUAGCAGCACAGCAACUGCAAUGAUUUCAGCCAACAGUUAUUUUGGCGCCCGUCAUGGCAUGGAAACGUUAUCUCAGUUAUUGGUAUACGAUGAUAUUAGACGCGAGAUACAGAUUUUGGCUAAGGCCGAUAUCGAAGACAGCCCGGCCUUCAAAUGGCGUGGUUUACUCUUAGAUACGUCGCGCAAUUACUUCAGUGUGAACUCAAUUAAGCGAACCCUGGAUGCAAUGGCUAUGGUGAAACUGAAUACUUUUCACUGGCAUAUAACUGAUUCUCACAGCUUCCCAUUCGAAGUGAAAUCUCAACCGGAACUGUAUAAAUUAGGGGCUUAUUCACAACGUAAGAUUUACAGCCAUGAGGAUAUUGUCGAUAUAGUGGAAUAUGGACGCGUGCGAGGUAUUCGUGUAAUGCCCGAGUUUGAUGCCCCGGCUCAUGUUGGGGAAGGUUGGCAACACAAGAAUAUGGUGACGUGUUUUAAUGCACAGCCAUGGAAAAAUUAUUGCGUAGAGCCUCCUUGUGGUCAGCUGGAUCCCACCGUUAAAGAAUUGUAUCCAGUAUUGGAAAAUAUAUAUCGGGAAAUGUUUGAGCUUUUCGAUCCCGACGUUUUCCAUAUGGGCGGAGAUGAAGUGUCAGUUAAUUGUUGGAAUAGUAGUAAAAGCAUACAAAAUUGGAUGCUAGAAAAGGGGUGGGGCUUAAGUGAGCCUGAUUUUAUCCGUCUUUGGAAUCAUUUUCAAAGUGAAGCUUUAAACCGAGUAGAUACAGUAACUCACAAUCAGCAACCGUCCAUUACGUUGUGGACCAGCAGGCUCACUGAAGAGCCUUACAUCGAUGAAUAUUUAGAUAAGGACCGCUAUAACAUACAAAUAUGGACAACAGGGGCUGAUACAAAAAUAAACAACAUAUUAAAACGUGGAUUUCGGAUUAUAAUAUCAAACUACGAUGCUUUAUACUUUGAUUGCGGUGGUCCUGGUUGGGUUAACGAUGGCAGCAAUUGGUGUUCACCCUAUAUUGGCUGGCAGAAGGUUUAUGAUAAUGACUUGGAUAGAAUUGCUGGAGAGUACAAGUCUCAAGUAAUGGGCGCUGAAGCAGCUAUUUGGUCAGAGCAAAUCGAUGAAUUCACGCUAGAUUCGCGUUUCUGGCCACGAGCUAGCGCAUUAGCCGAACGUCUAUGGUCGAACCCAAAGGAAUCGUGGCGGCAAGCAGAAGCGCGAAUGUUAUAUCAUCGGCAACUUUUGACGGAACGCGGAAUUGGGGCGGAAUCGAUGCAGCCGGAAUGGUGUUUACAAAACGAAAACCAGUGCCCGAUCAAUGCUUACGACGAAAAAUUUUGAAACUCCGUUCAAUACUUAUUUUCGUUGUGCUUGCUCUUGUAAUUGCAAUAGUAAUCGUUCUUUUCCCUGUACUUAUAACUGUAUUAUACCUUUUUAAAAUGUUAAAAAAACCGAAUUUGAAAAAGGAUGACAGAUUUAAAGACAAAUGAAA